AUAUGUUUUUUCUGGUCAUUUGGAUCUGGUCAUUUCCUGCUUCUUCCGCCAUGUGUGGCGGAGAUAAGAUUCGCAAAGCUCCGUAUGUCACGCCUCAAUCUUUGAAGGCCGUGCCCAAAGAGAAGGCGAAGCCAGGUGAUUUGGUCGUGGAAGAAUUUCCCAUCACCUUUGGCGGCUAUACCUACCCCCACGGACGCAUCGCCUAUAUUUCCGGCCGUGGGCCCCGCCCCGUGGUGCUGGUGCAUCACAACUAUGCGGGAUUGAAGCAGUUCGAUGUGGAUCAGGCUUGCUUUAUUGCAAGGGCGGGAUAUGUGGGCCUGGCAGUGGAUUUGUACCAGGAGACCAAGGCCUUUACACUGGAGGAUCGGGCGAAGGCACACGGCCGGCCAGUGGACCGUGAAGGGUUCUAUGCGGCCUCCCGGGCAGAACGCUUGGACGGCCGCAGCGCGCAGGAGUACUCGCAGCAAGAGCUAGACCUUUUCUUCGAUGCCCUACCCAAGGACGAGGAGGGGAAGGUGGACUUCCAGUUGGUGCGAAACUACAUCGGCGGCUUCAUUCAGAUGCGCCGCGUCUUAUGCGAUGUCGCUGGAUGGCGUGACAUGAUGAAACUCUACUUGGAGAAGGCCUUUGAACAUCCAGCUGUGAAGAGGGGCCUGGCUGGUGCCUUUGGGUAUUGCUUGGGUGGGCAGAGCUGCUUGGAACAUGUCCGCGCUGGUCAUCCGGUGCAGGCCGUGUGUUCCCUCCACGGGCUCUUGCACUCGCGACCCACGACGGCUGCAGAGCCGUUCAAUUCCAAGAAGCGGAUGUCCCAAGAAGAGUAUGCAAAGAUUUGCCCGGCCAACAACUACAACAAGGAUUGCCGCAUUCUCAUCGAAAAUGGAGACAAGGAUGAAGAAGUGCCAGCUAAUACCAUCACUGAUUUCGUUGCAGAGAUGGAUGCCCAGUCCAUCGACUGGCGCUUCCACAACCACGCCCGCGGACCCCAUGGCUUCGCCCUGGGCCCCGGAGUGCCAGGCUGCGAGUACACCGAGCACAUCGACCGGCGCUCCACGCUGGACAUGCUGAGCCUCUUCGCAGAGACAUGGCCUGAGUUCGACCAGCACCCCGUGGAGUGCAACGCUUCCGGUACCAGCUUUCAUGGCUUCGUCCCCUGGAAGAAGCGCCGUCAGAACCUUUGGUCCACCGCGGCGGUGGGCAUUCUGGCCGGUGCCGCGACUGUGGCGGCCUUGACGAUUUUGAGGAAGAACGCUUAGAUGGAGAGUGUGACGUGUCCUUGGACGUUCGAUGGACACAUGCUGCAAAAACACCCGAAAAACCCUGCAGUCAGACACCAAGAGGCCAAGAGGCACCUGUUGGGUGACCAAGUAUGGUGAGUGGAUGUCCGAUACCUUUCAUCUCAGCGUCCGGCCCGUCAGUUGUGAUUUUAAGAUCCCAGCAUUUCAGGGCAGCAUGGCAGCCUGGGG